GUGACGGCUCGCGUCAGCGUUUGCGAAGUCCAAUGCGUCAACGUUCUCCAUGUGUACAUGAUGAACCCAGCAAUUGUAUUCAUCCCAACAUUCUUCAUCCGCAGGUGCAGCAGCUCUUCUUGACGCUCCUUGUGUCGCUUUCAGCCAGCAUCCUACUAGGCGUCUUCAUCCUGUUCGUCCUAUUUUGCUUUCGACGACGGAAUACAGCGCUUGCCCAGGAAAAAGAGGAAGAACCGCCAGAGACAAAACCGUGCGGUACAUCAGACGACGUGCCGUAUCCCAAAGUAAGUGUUCUCCAGCAAUUCCUGGGGCGGGCAGCAGAGGAGCCGACCAGCCCUGCAUUGAAGAGUCCACAGGGCAUAGUCACAUCUGAGCAGCUGCUCUACUGUGCAGUUCAAUGUGCAGAACUUCUUUCUCCUCACCUUGCUGACAAUGGGACACAGCUUGUGGCGCUGUAUUUACAGCCUGGGCCACGACUGAUUGCGGCAGUGCUGGGAGUUUGGCUUGCACAGUCUGCUUGGACACCCUUGGAUCGGAAGAGUCCCAAGAGAAGGCUGCAAGACUUGGUGAAGCAGAUGCAGCCCAGUGCGGUCAUUUGUGAUGAUGAUGCACCCUUCAAGCAGCUGGGUAUCCCCUUGGUUCACGCCCAGAAACUCAGCUUCAAAGGUUCCAAAAGGAUUGCGCAGUGUGAGGAGUCUCUUGAAGGGCUGGCACAGGUGAUUUACACGUCAGGCUCUACGGGUACGCCAAAGGGUGUGAUGUACACACACAGCCGCCUGGCACAUUCCACCCACUUCUUCGCGGAGCAGUGUGGAGUCUCUUCGUCAUGCAGGGUCUUGCAGAAGACACCCAACAUUUGGUCGGUGUUUCGCCAUGAGGUCUACCCUGCACUGUGCAGAGGAGGGCUCAUCAUCCACCCAGAACCACAUAGGGCCAGCGAUCCAAUACAUCUUGCAGAAGUCAUCACCUCCAAUUCUGUCUCUUUGCUGGUUGCGACGCCGACAGUGCUGGAGCUCAUCUUGGACUCUGGAGAAAGCUUGUCCAGUCUGCAACGAGUGGUUUGCAUGGGUGAGCCUCUCUCAUGGCGGUUAGCAGGCAUCCUCAUGAAGCAGCUUCCGGCAGUGCAGAUCAUGAAUUUCUACGGCUCGACUGAGACAGAAAACACAACCUAUACGGUGCCUCGAACUUACGGUGAUUGGCAAGCAACUUCCGCGGUUCCCGCAGGACAAGCUCAACCUCACGUGUCCGUUCAUUUGCUACAACCAGGCUCUAUGGAUGUCUGUAGCGAAGGCGAGAUCUGCUUCGGUGGUGUAAUGUCCUCAGGCUAUUGGCAACGACCUGAUCUCACUGCCAUGAACUUUGUCCAGCAUCCUGAACUGGGCUUGUUGUAUCGCACUGGAGACCUGGGAAAAUGGCAACGUUCACAGCUGGUGGUCUUAGGUCGCAUUGAUCGCCAGGUCAAGAUCCGGGGCUGUCGGGUGGAGUUGCUAGAGCUGGAACUGACCUUGCGGCAACUGGUGUUGGAUUGUGGCGGUGCUGAAUGUGCUGCCGUGGCAGCACAGGGAAGUGAUCACUUACAGAUUGUGGCCUUCGUUUGCCCAAAUCCCGAAGAUCCUGACAAACUUGACCUGGAGGUCGUGAACCAGGAAGCUCAAGCAGUGCUUUCACCACAGCUGAUGCCUAGCCUAUUUGCAGCCUUGCCCAAACUGCCACGCCUUGCCAAGGGAAAGCUUGACUUAAUGAGUUUGAAGAGUUUUGCAACAGAUGCCCUGGUGAAGCAAGAAAAUCAGACAGAAUCAGUGGUAGAUUCAUUGGGAAUGUUGCAACACUUGACAAAGUCUCAACUAGAAGAAGAUCGGUGGCAACAGAAUCAACAGGCCUUCUGGACCCUCCUCGUGAUGAUUCAGCAUUUCAGCGGGAUUUUGGGUCAUGGAGUUCACAAAAAUGGAGAUUUCGGAUACACCUUUACCUGCCUCCUGGCCUCAUUUUGCCAUGGCCGGGACAUGAUUGCCAUGGUCCUAUUGCUGGGCUUUGCUGAUUCUCGGCGUGAGCCAGUGCUGGGCUAUCGUGACGGUGCUGCACUCAUCACAGCUAUAGGGAUGACUUUUUGGGCUUCAGGAAACACGGAUCUUCGCAUCGGAGGCGAGUGGUUUCUUUACACGUACCUUUGGGCUCGCUUGCUGCUGGUAGGCUUCUGUCGUUUGAACUCGGGCCUUUGGCAGGCUGGCUUGAUGUUCCUGCUCGCAUGCAUGUGGCCUGAUGAUCUUUUCUGGCUUCAGCUGCCUGAAACCUGGCGGGAUCACAUCACAACACAUUCGUCAGGGCUCGACUCGAAAGGCUUGAAGUUCCUAACGUUCUUCAUGCCAGCUUGCUACCUCCUGUCGUUCCAUGCCACAGCUGCAGGAGCUAUAGCUUGGGUCAGAACCAAUGGGCGAUCUCUGAUGGCAAAGGCAGAGGAUCGAAUGUCCAAAUACAUGGGUCCAGAGGAUCCGAGUGUAGCAGAUGCAGCACGAUGGAGACUCCAUCUAAGCUUCUCCUUAUCCUGCUGUACCUUCUUUGUGGUGCUUUCCGUCUUGAGUGGCUGGAGACCAAAGUGGGGACUUGAACCCUUUGCCUAUCAAUAUGGCUUCCAAGCUGCCUACGUGGAAACUGGAGAUGAUUGGUUUGGACUGAGCCAUGCGGUAACCUGGCAGUACAUGAACAAUCCCUCGCUUGGAACAUACCUUGCCUUGUGGAUAGGAGAAACCUUGCUAUUCAUACUGCCAGGGGUUGCAAUUGGGCUGGCAAUGGUCUACAUGCCGUGGCACUUCAAGACUGUCGGUCAGGCCUGCUUUGGCCUGUAUGUGUGUCACAUUCCAAUUGCCUUCUGGCCAUCCAGCGAAUGGAUCCAGCAAAUAGUGACACGUUGCAUCACGAAUCCGAAGUGGUAUGAUUCUGUCAACCUUCUGAUACUUCUUCUUUGGGCUAUUACUUGGGCCCUUGCCUUUGCCUAUACAGUGGGAGUUUGCUUUCACUAUAUGCUCAUUGCGGUCCUGGGCGAAUUGGCCAAGAGACUCCAACCGCCUGAGACAAGUCGCCAGCUGUGUGGUGUUUGACAGCGAAGUGCUAUUGGAUGUAAAUUGCGGGUACUGUGGAACUUGCUGCCGUGCAA